GCCACAGCAUCCCCUUCAAUACGUUUCGUCGCCUGUGAAUGUCAUGCAACGAUGCCUUUCGACGUCACAUAACGCGUUAAGCCAUGUGCGAACGACUCGCACCCUCAUCCAAUCGAUCAUCACCCAUCCCGCUCGCCGAUUCACCACCUCCUGCCCACGUCUCGCCGGCCCAUUAAAAGUCCAAUCCGAACUCGAGCGGCGCAUCUCCGACAUCCCCAUCGAACGUUUCCGCAACUUCUGCAUCGUCGCGCACGUCGACCAUGGCAAGAGCACGCUUAGCGACAGACUGCUGGAGCUCACGGGCACCAUCGAGCCGGGAGGGAAGAAGCAGUUUCUCGACAAGCUGGAUGUGGAGCGCGAGAGGGGCAUUACGGUGAAGGCGCAGACGUGUUCGAUGGUGUACAAGUACAAGGGACAAGACUAUUUGUUGCAUUUGGUGGAUACCCCUGGACAUGUCGACUUUCGCGCCGAAGUUAGUCGGAGUUAUGCGAGUUGCGGCGGCGCCUUGCUGCUCGUUGAUGCAUCGCAGGGAGUGCAGGCGCAGACGGUGUCCAACUUUUACCUUGCUUUUGCCCAUGGAUUGAAGCUGGUGCCAGUGCUCAACAAGAUUGACCUGCCCUCCGCCGACACGCAGCGUACCAUCGAACAGCUCUAUGACAACUUUGAGGUGGAUGGAUCCAAUGCGGUCAUGGUUUCUGCCAAGACCGGGCUCAACGUCGAACACGUCCUACCGAACAUCGUCGAGCAAGUGCCGGCCCCGACUGGCGCAGACAGCGCACCUUUGAAGCUACUCCUCGUGGACAGCUGGUAUGACAAUUACAAAGGCGUCAUUCUUCUCGUCCGAAUCUUCGAAGGCACCGUCAAAGCCGGCGAUAGAGUCUACUCCUUCGCCACGGGCAACGAAUACAUUGUGGGCGAAGUGGGCAUCAUGUACCCUCUCGAGACACCACAGACUCGACUCCGCGCCGGCCAGGUGGGAUACAUCUUCUUCAACCCCGGCAUGAAGCGAAGUCAGGAGGCCAAGAUUGGCGACACCUACACCACCGUUGGCAACGAGAAAAAAGUCGAGCCGUUACCUGGGUUCGAAGAACCGCAAAGCAUGGUCUUCGUUGCGGCCUUCCCCACCGACCAAAGCGACUAUGCGCAUCUUGAGGACAGCAUCAAUCAGGUGACGCUCAAUGACCGCUCCGUCACAAUUGCAAAAGAGAGCAGCGAAGCACUCGGGGCGGGCUGGCGUCUGGGCUUCCUAGGCACGCUACACUGCUCCGUAUUUGAGGAUCGCCUUCGUCAAGAGCACGGCGCUAGCGUCAUCAUCACGCCGCCGAGUGUGCCCUUCAAACUGGUGAAGAAGGAUGAAUCGGAAGAGAUUGUCACCAACCCCAACCUCUUCCCUGACCCCACGCAACUCCAUCAGUUUGUGCAGAGGCUGGAGGAACCGUACAUCAUGGCGACGAUUACCGUUCCGGAGGAGUACCUGGGCGGCAUCAUUGAGCUCUGCGAGAGUAAUCGUGGCGAACAAGAGUCUUUGACAUUCUUCACGGCCACUCAGGUGAUUCUCAAGUAUCUACUGCCACUCGAGCGCCUUGUAGACGACUUCUUCGGCAAGCUGAAAAGCACCACCAAGGGCUACGCAUCACUGGAUUACGAAGACGCCGGCUACCGGCCGAGCAGCAUCACGAAACUGCAGCUGCACGUCAACAAAGUGCCCGUGGACGCCGUGGCACGCGUGAUUCACACAUCGCAAGCCGAACGACUGGGCAAGGAAUGGGUGUCGAAGUUCAAGGAACACGUGCAGCGGCAAAUGUUCGAGUUGGUGAUUCAAGCGGUGGCGGGGAAGAGGAUCGUAGCGAGGGAGACGCUGAAGCCAUUCCGGAAAGACGUGACGCAGAAACUGCAUGCGGCGGAUGCUUCGCGGAGGCGCAAGCUGUUGGAGCGGCAGAAGGAGGGCAGGAAGAAGCUGAGGGCGGUGGGAAAUGUUGCGAUUGAUAACAAGGCAUUCCAGGCUUUUCUGGCCAAGUGAAUGAUCAACACACGCAUGAUGGGGAACGACGUGUGAUGGGGUGGAAUCCCCCAGCCCUAACACGGCUCGAUUGAUAAUACGUAGGCAACCCCGCCAUGCCCCACCAUCAAUGAAGUACUUUAGCACGGCAAUGACUGCAAUCGUGAACCC